AUGGAUUCUUUAUAUGAGAAAUUAAGACCAGUUGUAUUUUAACCACAAAUAACCUUUUAAUAGAGAUCCUCUUCAUAAUCUAUGUUGAGAUCUAAUUGUUCAAAACAAUUCAAUUCAUCAUGUGAAAUUCAAAAUUAUUCUAUAUAAAAUAGAAAAAAUAAUACAUAAUCAAAUCAAAUCUUAAAAGAAAAUACAUUAGAUAAUAAUUCUACAAUUAAAAAAGACGAAAUCAUAUUUUUAAAAUAGAGAAUUGCAUAAUUAGAAAAGAUGAGCUCCAAUUAAAUUAAUGAAAAUAAUAAAUUGAGUGAAGUAAUCUAAAAAUAUAUGGAAAAAGAAUAGUUAUCUAAUGUAAAAUUAUUUAGAUUAAUUUAUAGAAAUCAUAAUUAUCUGAAAUAUAAUAUAAAUUUUAAAUAUAAGAACUUGAAAAAUAAAUUUCUCUAUUAUAAAAUGAAAAUAAGGUAUUACUAUAAAGUAAAGAACAAUAUGAUUAAAUUGAACUUGAUAAAUAUAAAACAAAAUGCUAUUUAUUAUAAAAUAAAGUCAAAUCAUUUUAGUAAUAAUUAUUAUUAUAAUAAGAGAAGAAAAAAGAAUUACUGAUUUAUAAAAGAAAGGCAAGAAAUUAUAUUUAGAGAAUUAAUAAUUAAAAAAUACAAUUUAAGAUUUAUAAAGUUAAAAUUCUACUUUGUAAUAACAAUUACUCAUUAAUAAUAUUGAUAAUCCUAAAUCUAAGUAUAAACUAUAAUUAUCAGUUAAAAGGAUCACAAACUAUAGUUUGAAUUAGAAUAAUAGAUCAAAUAUAUGACUCAAAUAAUAGAUUUAGAUCAAAUUAAAAUGAAGAACCUUUAAGAAAAAGUAGAACUCUUAACUUAAGAAAAUAGGAGACUCUAAGAAAUUACUAAAUAAAAAUUAAUAUGA